AUGGAUCGCGUUGAACUAAACGGCCCUUUGGAGAAGCAAAAUUCGUCUUUCCGUGAUGCGGAGGAUAACGACGACCACAUCGAAUCUCAGUUGAUGCCAGAUGAAUCAUGUAAUACCGCACCGACCGAAAACGACGAUAACGAAAUCGGAAUGUUUCUUCAGCCAAACGCUGUCGAGGGUGGCAGUGGUGGGGAAAAGUGCACCGAUAAUGAUGAAAUAAUUGAAACAACACGGCUGAUUGAUGUUGGUAACGAUGCAGGGUCAUUGCAAAAUGGAGUGGAAUUCAUAUCCAGCGGCAAAACCUCGCCUGGGCUAAACGGGAAGAAUAUCGCUCUCGUACAACCGAACAAUCAUCGGCGGUCGGAUGAACCGACAGAGUUGAGCUUCGAAAAAUUUCCGGAAAAUCACGAAGAAAAAUUGAAGCGCAUAAAGAUUGAAAACGCAUUGGACGAUCCGAAAACGCUUCUGGAAGAUUGGCAGGAAUUUGCUAAGUCCGAGUAUGGUCUUAUAAAUGAUGACUUGCGACGGAAAAUAUGGCCGCUGCUGGUCGGUGUUGAUCCCCAACAGGUCGAUCCAGCGCCUUCGCUGGAAGAAUUGAACAAUCACCCCGAGUACAACCAGGUGGUGUUAGAUGUCAAUCGUUCAUUGAAACGUUUCCCACCUGGCAUUCCAUAUGAACAGCGAGUGGCACUACAGGAUCAGCUAACCGUGCUGAUUCUUCGUGUCAUCAUCAAGCAUCCGCAUCUAAAGUAUUAUCAAGGAUACCACGAUGUAGCGAUCACAUUUCUGCUUGUUGUUGGUGAAGAAGUUGCAUUUCACGUGAUGGAAAUAUUAUCCACCAACCAUUUGGUGGAAUGCAUGCAGGAAACUAUGGAACCAACGCAGCGUAGAUUGAUGUUUAUCUAUCCCCUAGUGAGGCGGGAGAAUGCAGCGUUGUGUAGCUACCUAGAGAGAUCGACCGUUGGAACACUCUUUGCUCUACCAUGGUACCUGACCUGGUUCGGACACAGUCUCAAUUCUUACCGUUCAGUGGUACGGUUGUACGACUACUUUCUGGCCUCCGAUUUUCUGCUGCCGAUCUACGUAACUUCCGCGAUCGUAAUAUAUCGGCAGAAUGAGAUCUUUCAAGAAGACUGCGAUAUGGCAUCGCUACAUUGUCUUUUGUCCCAGCUACCUGAAGAUCUGCCAUUUGAAUAUUUACUAAGGAGUGCCGAAAAUUUGUACCACAAGCAUCCCCCAAAGGUUAUUGAAAAGGACGUCGAAAGCAUGAUCGCCAAAGAAAAACAGCAACGACUCAACGAAGAACGCGAACGCGAAUAUCGAAAGCUUUACGGCAAAAAACCUCCGCCGGUGUCGAACUCGAUUAUCAGUCGGUUUCUGCCUCAUCUGCAGCUUUCCCGGCGGUCGGUAUUUGUUACGACCGCAUUUUCGAUACUGGUUGGAUUCUGUGCGUACUAUUACCGCGCGCAUUAUAUUCCACUGGAGGCAAUCAGAUGAGUGGAGGUGUUCCGACGGCUUCCGUCGUCGCUGGUCGUUUGUGUCCCCUUCAACCCACUGGUCGCAUUUCGCAGGUGGCAUACGGGUGGCAGCACACAGGUGCAGUAAAUCGACUAUGAAUUGUGGGACGGUUUGUUUGCAAUCGAUGAAAUGUGAUGUAUUAUUUUUUACCAUUAUUUUCCUUCAUCUACCCAUUUUCAUGUUUCUUCAUCCCGCAUGUUUGUCUCGAACGUUCCAAUCAUACUUAUGCUUGUAUUUUUAAUUAUUAAUUUUUUGUACAUACACAUGAAAAUUUUCUCAAACCAUCUAUGUUGGAGCCUUCGAUUUGGGUUGGAAUUUAUGCUAUGGUAGGCAGGUUUUAAAUCGAACACUUUGUACUGUUUAUUUUCUUGUUGUGCGUAUUUUUUAUGAUGAAAAAUUGCGAAUAAAAU